AUGGAUGUUAAGAUGAGUUUGUUUUUGUUUCUUUGUCAUCACUGGGUGGUGUUGCUGUUUCUGUUGAUGCUUCCCUGUUUGGGUGGAGUUUAUUCAAAUUCAACAAUUUCAAUACCCUCCAUUGUGAACAUUGGAGCUAUCUUCACCUUUGAUUCCUCCAUUGGUAAAGUUGCUAAACUUGCCAUGGAACAAGCUGUCCGAGAUGUCAACUCCAAUUCCUCUAUUCUACACUCAACUCACCUUGUUCUCCAUAUCAAAUCUUCCAAUUGCAGUGGUUUUGACGGCAUGAUUCAAGCUUUGCGGUUCAUGGAGACGGAUGCAGUUGCUAUAUUAGGUCCACAAUCUUCUGUAGUUUCUCACGUAGUAUCCCAUGUUGCAAACGAGCUUCGUGUUCCUAUGUUGUCGUUUGCAGCUACAGACCCUACACUCUCGUCGCUUCAAUUCCCGUUCUUUGUCAGGACAACGGUCAGUGAUUUGUAUCAGAUGACUGCUGUGUCUGAAAUCAUUGAUUUUUAUGGAUGGAAAGAAGUCAUUGCCAUUUACGUUGAUGAUGAUUAUGGACGAAACGGGGUGUCUGCGUUGGAAGAUGCCUUGGCCGCGAGGCGUUGUAGAAUUUCCUACAAGGUGGGAAUCAAAUCUGGAGCUGUUGUUGAUAGAAAUGAAAUUACCAAUGUGCUUGUGAAUAUGGCGCAAAUGCAGUCUCGAGUUAUCGUUGUUCAUGCUCAUUCGAAUUCUGGAUUUAUGAUCUUUAAAGUGGCGCAUUAUCUUGGAAUGAUGCAGGAGGGUUAUGUCUGGAUAGCCACAGAUUGGCUUUCCACUGUUCUAGAUUCUGUUUCGCUUCCUUCAGAGAUAAUGGAUACUCUGCAGGGUGCACUUGUUUUGCGCCAGCAUACACCUGAUACUGAUAUGAAGAAAGCGUUUUUCUCGAGGUGGAAUAAGUUAACGGAUGGUUCCUUAGGUUUACAUUCUUAUGGCCUCCAUGCUUACGAUUCUGUUUGGCUCGUUGCACGAGCUAUUGAUAAAUUUUUCAGUCAGGGUGGGGUCAUUUCGUGGACCAAUUACACAAGUUUGCAUGAGGGUAAGGGAAAGGGCGGUGGUCUUAAUCUUGAUGCAAUGAGCAUAUUUGACAAUGGAACACUUCUGUUGGAAAACAUAUUGCGGAGCGAUUUUGUUGGAUUAUCAGGUCCAAUGAAAUUUGAUUCAGAUAAAUCUCUUGUUCGUCCUGCCUAUGACAUCGUAAAUGUUGUUGGAAAUGGUGUCCGUCGAAUUGGAUACUGGUCUAACUAUUCUGGUCUGUCUGAUGUAUCUCCUGAGACAUUGUACGCUAGCCCACCUAAUAGAUCAAGUGCAAACCAGCACCUUCACUCAGUGAUAUGGCCUGGAGAAACAUUAACCAAGCCCCGCGGAUGGGUCUUCCCAAGCAAUGGGAAACAAUUGAGAAUUGGUGUGCCUAUCCGAGCCAGUUAUCGUGAAUUCGUGUCGCCAGUGAAGGGAACCGACAUGUUUAAAGGUUUCUGCAUUGAUGUAUUUGUGGCAGCUGUAAACUUGUUGCCAUACGCCGUUCCUUACCGGUUAGUGCCAUUCGGAGAUGGCCUCAAAAAUCCAAGUUACACAGAAUUCGUCAACUUAAUAACCACUGGUUAUUUUGACGGUGCUAUUGGCGACAUUGCUAUUGUCACAAACAGAACAAGGAUUUUAGAUUUUACACAGCCAUAUACUGCAUCCGGACUUGUUGUGGUUGCCCCUUUUAAGAAGAUCAAUUCCGGGGGUUGGGCUUUCUUGCAGCCGUUCACUCCUCGUAUGUGGAUUGUGACUGCUUGUUCGUUCUUUUUUGUCGGGAUAGUUGUAUGGAUUCUCGAACACAGGAUAAACGACGAGUUCAGGGGUUCACCAAAACAACAACUCAUAACCAUAUUAUGGUUUAGCCUGUCAACGCUCUUUUUUUCCCACCGAGAGAAUACAAUGAGUACUCUUGGCCGCGGCGUGGUACUCAUAUGGUUGUUUGUGGUUUUGAUCAUUAAUUCCAGCUACACUGCGAGUUUAACGUCCAUACUCACGGUGCAGCAGUUAUCUUCACCUAUCAGUGGCAUAGAUAGCUUAAAAGCUAGUGAUGAACCUAUCGGGUUCCAAGUUGGUUCAUUUGCGGAACGUUACUUGACUGAAGAUAUUGGAAUAUCCAAAUCUAGACUUGUUGCUCUUGGAUCGCCGGAGGCAUAUGCUAAGGCGCUCCAGCUCGGUCCUAGUAAAGGAGGUGUUGCUGCUAUUAUAGACGAACGACCAUACGUCGAAAUAUUCUUAUCGACCCAAUGCACAUUCAGGAUUGUAGGUCAGGAGUUCACCAGAAGUGGCUGGGGUUUUGCAUUUCCUCGGGACUCCCCUUUGGCGGUGGAUUUGUCAACUGCGAUUCUACAACUUUCUGAAACUGGUGAUCUGCAGCGGAUUCAUGAUAAGUGGAAUACGCGAAGUACUUGUAGUUUAGAUAAUACUGAAAUUGAUUCAGAUCGUCUUCAGCUCAAAAGCUUCUGGGGUCUCUUCAUCAUUUGCGGGAUAGCUUGCGCUAUAGCUCUUAUCAUAUAUUUUUUGCAGAUUAUGUUAGUGUUAUGGCGUUCUUCUCCUUCUGAGCCCGCGUCUAAUGUUGGCCCAAUUCAAAGAUUUCUUUCACUCGUUGACGAGAAGAAAGGUCCGUCGAGGAGUGAAAGAAGAAAGAGGAACGGAGACGAAAUGUCGCCUGAAGAUCAAUUGGGAAGGCAACCGAAGAGGAUUCAAAGAGUAACAGCAGCAUAG